UAGAAUGUUGCAGUAGUCUUAUCACGAUUCAAAUUAUAAAAUGGAAUUAAACGGAUUACAACCAAUUAUUGUUGCAUUAAUAUACCUUGUAACAAUAAUAAAUGCAGAUAUAGUUCUCUUGAAUGGUAAUUGUCCAUUUGACGAUCUCAAAGCGUCUUCUGAAGCCAAUGUCUCAAACUUUGGAGGACAAAUCAAUGUACUCGCUGAAACAUUUGAAGAAAAACGAGAUCGAUCUGAUACAACUAGCUUUUUUGAAGUGGUAAAGCCAAAUGUUAUUAAAGAUACCAGUAAAUGUCGAUCUAGAGAAACUGGUGAAUGCAUGAAAUUUAAUAUUUUCCUUAAAGCUACUAGCACAGUUGGAGUUUAUGAUACUUAUUAUGAAGAAGCUCCAAAUAGUGAUUCUUACGUAGAAUUUCGUACAUACUUCUUAUAUUUUGAUAAAGGUCAAUUGGGUGUUUCGUUCAUGUGCCGUGAUUUGGAAGAAAAAACAUACGCAGCUGAGCUAAAAAUUUUGUCUGGAAGUACAAAAAAAUAUGAUAAUAAAAUCAAACGUAAAGUAAAGAAAAUAUUAAAUUCGAAUAACAUAAGCUACUUGGAACCGUAUUUGGAUACGACUAAUUUCGAUAAUCCAUGCCAGUAAACUCAGUUAUUUUUUCAUAUGAUGUGCACCAUAUAACCCAAAAAAAAUCCUUGCUUAUCUUUUAUAAAAAUUUGAAGAAGUCGAAACUGAUAAUUUUUUACUAGGUAUUAUAUUACCACAUAGUACAAUUUGAUAGAAAAAAUGCAAAGAAUGAAAUUAACAAUAAAUAAUUUAAAUAAAUGCAAAGAAUUAAACUAAUUGACGUAAAUGUAAAUAUUAUAAGUAGAUAAGCUAGGAAUGUUAUCAAGGUUCGCCAUACUUUUGCCUUAUAGGGGGAAGGUGUCCUAUAAUGAUCCCCCUAGAAAAAAUGUAAUUUAUGGCCAAACUAUUCGAGAUAUGUAUAACGUCGAAAUAUUUUUGGGUUCUUUAUUCAAAUUACAAUAAUGGCAUGCCAAUUUCUUUUGAUUUGUUCAAAUUUUUACAACUAUUUAAUAUUUCUCAAAAAGGAUCGUUUUGACCGACCUUAUAAGAAUAGAUAGAUAAAAUGAUUCCAUUGUAGUUUUUACCAAACAGUUCACAUAAAAUAUUAAUUGUUCUUUUAUAUUGCACCAACGAUUAGUAUGAAAACAAAAACCGCUG